GUGCGGCUGGAGAUGGAACACCUCGCGGAGCUGCGGGCGCGGUGUGGCCAAACACGUGAAGAGGCGGAAAGACGUGCAUGGCAACAGACCGUCAGGCUGCGCAAGCAACUGGACACUGCGCACGAAAUGCGGGAGAGAAUGCGUGAUGGUGUUUCUCAGUGGCGAAUGAAGGUGCGAGUGCAAAGAAGAAAAAGAAAAGAAGGAGGAGGAGGAGGAGGAGGAGAGGUGGCUGCAGAGUCCCCAUCACAACAAACACAAGAGAACCAACAACAGCAAGAAGAAGAGUAUGAGGUGGAGUUACACCGGAUUCAUAGAGAUACACUGAAGGUUUCCCAAAAGCUCAUGGCACUGCGUCAGGAACGAGAUGAGCUUGAACCUUUGAAAGAAUAG